GGGGUGUUCGUGAGUCUGCAGCGAGCGCGCACAUGGAAUAAGGGGGCCGGAGCCCGUGUGUGUCUGGGCGCUGCGUUGCAUUGUGACGUCACCGCGUUGAGUUCGGGAGUGAUCAUUCCAAACAGGAGCAGCGGCGGCGCUGUGAGCGGAUCGGGAGUCACUCUGCAGUCCUGGACACUGAUCUGCCUAUUGGAACAUAACAAAGCGCGCUCUAUUGGCAUCUAUCAACCCCCAUCACCCGGGCAGCUGGAGAUAUCAGUGACCCCGGACCCAGCGCGGCAGCCGGGGAGGACUUAGCAGGGUGGCGUUGGGGAAGGGGGGGCAGAACCGCGAAGAUGAAUCGAAGUUUCAGUAAGUCGCAGACUCUGCGCUAUGUGGAUAGCAGCGCGGUGGAAGUGAAGAGCAAGUAUGGAGCCGAGUUCAGAAGGUUCUCGCUAAACCGCCACAAACCCGGAACGUUUGAGGAGUUCUACAACCUUCUCCUUCACGUCCAUAACAUCUCCAGCGUUGAUGUGAUGCUUGGUUAUGCGGACGUUCACGGAGAUCUCCUUCCAAUUAACAACGAUGACAACUUCUGCAAAGCCGUAUCUAGUGCAAACCCGCUGCUUAGAGUAUUUAUACAGAGGCAAGAGGUAGAUUAUAACACUUUUGGGACAUCAACGCUGAACAGAAAGAAGAAGAUUGCCUUGGUGGCUCUCCGCAAUGACAGUUUGCGUCACAAGAAACCUCAUAUUAAUAUCAGUAUGCCCCAUGACUUCCGGCCAGUGUCCUCAAUCAUUGAUGUGGAUAUACUUCCAGAAACGCACAGACGGGUCAGACUGUACCGGCAUGGCUGUGACAAGCCCCUUGGUUUCUACAUUCGUGAUGGAACCAGUGUCAGGGUCACCCCUCAUGGUUUGGAGAAAGUUCCAGGCAUAUUCAUUUCUAGGAUGGUACCUGGAGGUUUGGCUGAAAGCACAGGAUUACUAGCUGUGAAUGAUGAAGUUCUAGAAGUAAACGGUAUAGAAGUGGCAGGAAAAACUCUCGAUCAGGUUACAGAUAUGAUGAUAGCAAACAGCCACAACCUAAUAAUCACAGUCAAACCUGCAAACCAAAGGAACAAUAUUAUCCGGAGCAGCCGAAUGUCUGGUAGCUCUGGGCAAUCCACAGACAGCACUGCCAGCCACCACAGUCUUCCAUCGGCUCACCUUCUACAGAACUUCAACCCAGAUGAAAUGGAGAGCGACGAUGAUGCAGAUAUCGUUAUCGAGGGUAACAUUGAACCGCGUAACAUUCCGAAAUCUCACAGUCUACCCUCGGGCAGUCUGUCCCGAAUCAACGGGAGCAGCCUGAGUCACAAAUUGGAAAGAGACUUGGUUCUUAACCAUUCAGGCCGAGAAAGUAACGGAAGCAUUCACAAAAUACUAAGCAGUUUAAAAUCCGACCCCAGGAACAGCUUAGUGAUUCCCAAGGGAGGAAUUGAGGAAGAUGGCACAGUUAUUACUCUUUAGGGAACUGCACUGCUUUUUAGUUUUUAGGAACUGAUCACUUACCUGAGGCAGACAAAUGAUGGUUACAAUGGUACUCGUUAAACAAACUGAAGUAUAUUUAUACUCUUCGUAUAGGCUGUGUUACUUGCCUUUUGGACCCGUGUCUGUGCAGGACAGCACUGGUUUUAGUGGAAAACAAAAUCACUCUGCAUUCCGGACUGCACUUAGUUUACCAAAGCAUCUCUUCGUAUUGAACUUUUACCCUGCUUCGUAAUGAACUAAACCAUCGUUUUAACGUAGGAAUAAGAAGAGCUGCAUUGUGUGCAUAUUGAUUGGUUCUGUGGUACUAGCAGUGCAGCUUACUUAAGAUAUGGAAGAAAUGUUUGACUAUAGCUGCUGAUUUAUAUUUUCUAAUUUAAAAAUGAUAUUAAAAAAAAUUAACUUUUUCUACAACCAUGUUUUUAAAAGCAGUUUAUUGGCCCAACCAUUUUUUUUCUUUUUGCAACAGAGCCAAGGUAAUCAUCAGAAUUUCGUGAUUUAACAGCGCCACUUGCUGGUCAACAGUGGUACACUCUGUAAAAACAAUUUUUUCUUGUGGUAGCGGAGAAACUUCUUUGGUGCCUCAGGUUGGGCUGCUUCAUGUUUUGUAUUGUUUCGCUUGUUCGUCUGAAUAUUGUGGUAUGUGUUACAUUCUCUACCAGAAUUGUGUUCAUUUUCAUUGUAUGGCCAACACAGAGAGAUCGAUUUAAGCUUCAUAUUAAAGAUGAGAGACUUUGGUUAUUCAGAUAACGUUACACUGUGGAAUUAGGGUUCGGACACUUAAAGACAUCAAAUGCCUGCCGUAUGAAUGAAUGGCACAGAUCUCAACCAUUGUCGGUUUACUGAUUUCCUUCACUCAGUAUUAUUCACCUUAAAAUGUAUUUUUACUAUUAGAAAAAAAUAUAAUUAAUGUCCUGCUGGACAGACUUUUAACUGAUGGUUAUAGGAAAAAUCUUAACGCUGCCCAGAUACAGCCAUCUUCUUUGAGUUGUACCCAUGUAAAGGAUUGCAUUGCAAGAACUUGGGAAUGAACUGUAGGUAAAUCAUGACAGAAACACUGACUUGUAAUGUAUACACUUUUGUAUCGAUCAUGCAGAAGCAAAGUGUUCAUCUUUUGUGUCUUGUAUGUCUUGUUUGUUUAAAUAGCUUUGUGCCCCCUCCCUUUUUUUUCUUUCUUUGUGUUGGGAAAAAUCAAAGAAUAUAUUCAGUGAUUUCAAUAAAGAAGCAAACACAUUCCAUUGUUUUUGUAGCUCAAAGUAA